AUUCUCAUUUUAACAUACUGAAAAUGUAUUCGGUCUUAGAAGAUAAUCUAGAACGAUUGUUUAUGAAUAGAUCUAAUCUGUAAAGAUAAAGAUGAGUAUGCAUGUGACAGAAAUUAGUUAAACAGUCGAUUAAAGUUCAUAAAGUUCAUGAAUAAAGAAUAAUGGAAAGAGUACUUGGAAACAGCAUAAUUAACGAAUAUAGGAAAAACGGAGCAAUUUGUCUUAGAAGGAUUUUUGAUCAAAAAUGGAUAGAUAAAGUAAAAUCUGGCAUAGAAAAAAAUCUUCUAGAGUCAAGCAAAUUUUCAGAAAGUUUAAAAGAAGAAGGGGAUCCUGGAAUUUAUUUUGAUGACUACUGUAACUGGAGGAAGAUUCCCGAAUUUGAAGAUUAUGUUUUUAAUUCACCUGCUGCAGAAAUUGCUGGGAUUUUGAUGGAAUCACAGUAUGCAGCAUUUUAUCAUGAGCACGUGCUUGUAAAAGAACCAGGAGCAUUUAAAAAAACUCCAUGGCAUCAUGAUCAGUCAUAUUAUCCAAUUGAUGGUUUUAAGGUUUGUUCGAUAUGGAUGCCAGUAGAUCCCGUAGCUAAAAUUAAUAGUCUUCAAUUAGUGGCAGGUUCUCACCUUUGGAAAGAAUGGUUCUAUCCUAGAAAGUUUGCUACUAGCUUGAAUUAUAUCAUAGAGAGUGCGGGUGACGAUAAAAUAUAUAGAGACGUACCAGAUAUCGAAUCUAAUCGAAAUGAUUACGAAAUUUUAUCUUGGGAUGUAGAGCCUGGAGAUUGUAUAGUGUUUCAUAUGAAAACACUCCAUGGUGCACCUGGCAAUAGUUCCGAAAAUAUAAAAAGAAGAGUUUUAUCUACGAGAUGGCUAGGUGAUGAUGCAACAAUGGCUGCUCGACCGUGGAAAGUAUCGCCGCCCAUUUAUGGUAAUUUAAAUAUAGGAGAUCGUGCAGUCUCUGAAGAAUUUCCCAUCAUAUGGACUCGACAGUAGUACUACUGUAUGUUUAAUUAUUAAAACAUAUAACAAA